AUGAAGGACAUCGAUUUGGAUAAGGACAAUUUACCCCUUGAGAGGGCACUAGGGGUCCAAUGGGAUCCAGAGUCAGACAAGUUUGGCUUUAAGACGAUAGACAAAGAUAAGCCGCCAACGCGCCGUGGUAUCUUAUCUGUGACAAGCUCAGUGUAUGAUCCGAUCGGCUUUCUUUCACCGUUCAUUCUGAAAGCUAAGUUGAUCCUGCAGGACUUAUGCCGCCUUGGAAUAGAUUGGGACGAUGAUAUCCCUGAGGAGCAUAUGGCUAAGUGGCAGAGAUGGUUGUCAGAUUUACCUAAGGUUUCAAACUUCAAGACAGACAGGUGUGUCAAACCGAAGGACUUUAACAAUGUGGUUUCUUCCCAGUUGGUGCACUUCAGUGACAGUAGUGAAGCUGGAUAUGGGGUAGUGUCUUACCUCAGACUGGUGAAUGGCGAUGGAAGGAUCCACUGCUGCUUGCUACUUAGCAAAUCUCGUGUUGCACUGCUCAAACAUAUCUCAAUUCCAAGAAUGGAAUUGACAGCAGCCACUGUAGCUGUUCGUGUUGAUAGAAUGCUCAGAAAGGAGUUAGACUUAACCCUCGACAAGUCAAUCUUCUUCACUGACAGUACCGCUGUCAUCAAGUACAUUAGGAACAAGGGUACCAGGUUCAAAACAUUUGUUGCCAAUCGACUAAAAAUCAUCCAUGAUGGAUCUGAUGCUUCCCAGUGGUGUUACAUUGACACAAAAUGUAACCCAGCAGAUCAUGCUUCGAGAGGCCUGUGGGCAGACGCUUUCUUGAACUGUAGUUCUUGGUCCAAUGGUCUAGAGUUUCUGUGGAAACCUAUGGAGGAAUGGCCGACUUACCCCAGCGUCAUAGCCAACCUUGUUGGAGCAAACAACGUGGAUGAUCUUGAGAUCAAGUGUGCUGCAGUUGGUGCAGUUAUUUCAGUUGACAUAGAGGAUAGUGCGUCUGAAACUGUAAGAAAGCUGAUAAAUCACUACUCAUCUUGGAGUGGGCUGAAGAGAGGCGUAGCGCUGAUACUUAGGGUGCGUGGAGAGCUUCUGCGCCGCAGCAGAGUUCGUAAACAGAACUUAGAUGUUCAGAGGCAUGAUGUGACUUGCAGUCCGCUGACUGUUGACGACUUGAGAAAAGCUGAGAAAGCCAUUCUGGUUUUCUCUCAACGCGAGACAUUUUGUGAGGAAAUCAAAUGUCUUGAGGAAGGAUCAGGAAAUGUUGUGAAAAGAGCCAGUACAUUGUACCAACUUGAUCCAUUCCUAGAGGAUAGUCUGGUCAGAGUUGGAGGUCGGUUGAGUAAUUCAGCUAUGCCAAGGAAAGCAAAACAUCCAGUGAUUUUGCCUAAAAACUGUCAUGUUUCUCAGCUGAUACUCCAGGACAUCCAUAGAAACUUACUGCAUAGUGGUAGAAAUCAUAUGAUAGCGAAACUCAGGCAGAGAUUUUGGAUUACUAAUGCCAAUUCAGCUGCCAGAAAGGUGAUUUCAGACUGUGUUACUUGCAGGAGACAUCGAUCAAAGGUGAUUGAACAGAAAAUGGCAGACUUGCCAGAACCGCCAUUCUCUCGGACAGGAGUUGAUUACUUUGGUCCAAUCGAGGUCAAAAGAGGUCGUAGUACGGUAAAGCGCUAUGGUGUGUUGUUCACAUGUUUGACUGUCAGAGCUGUACACCUUGAAUUGGCAGACAGUUUAGACACGGACUCUUGUAUCAAUGCGAUUCGAAGAUUCAUUGCCCGUAGAGGUCAAGUUGUAAAGCUGCGCUCGGAUAAUGGCACUAACUUUGUUGCUUCUGAAAAGGAACUAAAGUUAGCAUUUCGCAGUAUUGACCAGAGUAGGAUCCAGCAAAUGCUGGCGAAGCAAGGCAUUGUGCGGGAGUUCAAUACUCCCUAUGCUCCUCACCAAGGAGGCAUUUGGGAGCGCCAGGUUCAAACUGUGAAACGGAAGUUGAAGGUUAUUUUGAAGGAACAAUCUGUGAGUGACGAGGGACUGCGUACUUUGCUUUGUGAAGUUGAGGCAGUGGUUAAUGACCGACCACUCACUAGAGCAUCAAGUGACCCUAGUGAUUUGGAAGUUCUUACUCCAAAUCAUCUGUUAUUGUUGAAGUCACAACCGUACUUGCCUGUUGGAACAUUUGAUAAGAAUGACCUGUACACAAGGCGUAGAUGGAGACAGGUCCAAUUUCUGGCUGACUUGUUUUGGAAGAGAUGGAUCCAGGAAUACCUUCCCCUUCUCCAAACAAGGCAGAAAUGGCUCACUCCCAGGAGGAACGUGGUUCCUGGAGACAUUUGUUUGAUUGUGGAUCAGAGUUCCCCGCGAGGUGCUUGGCCAAUGGCCAAGAUUGUUGAGACUUUUCCUGACAAAAGGGGUUUUGUCAGACGUGUAAGGUUGCGAACAGCAACUGGAACUGUACUGGAUAGACCUGUCCACAAACUGUGUCUGUUACUAGAAAUGGAUGAACCUCAGCAAGACUAA